CAGUCUCUCUCUCUCUCUCUCUCUCUCUCUCUCUAAAGAGAGAACAACUCAGCUAGCUGCCAGCUCCCAUCUGAAAGGAAUUCCAUGAUCCACAAGAUCAGACUGAAAGAGAGAGACCCACAAGGCCACAAAGUAGUUGAUUCAAUUUGAGGGAAACCUACCGAUGUAGUAGUCCUAGGACAAAAGAAAAACAAUUUUUUUUUUUUCAAAACAAAAAGGAGAAAAAAUAGCCUCCCCCACUUUCCUAUCUAUAUGAUCAUGGAUGGUGAAAAUGGGAUCCGCAGGCCAAACUUCCCAUUACAGUUGCUAGAGAAAAAGGAAGAAGAAGCAUGCUCCAGCUCCCACUAUCCCUCCCUUUCCAUACCCACUGGCGAACCAAGCUCUACUCAGUACUCAAACAGCUCCAGUACUACUACUGCUCUCCAAUUACCUCCCGAGACACCCAAGAACAACAGCAAGCCACCCCCCAAGCGCACCUCCACCAAAGACAGGCACACCAAAGUCGACGGCCGUGGCCGUCGGAUCCGCAUGCCCGCUGCUUGUGCCGCUAGGGUUUUCCAGCUCACUCGAGAGCUAGGCCACAAGUCCGACGGCGAGACCAUCGAGUGGCUUCUUCAACAAGCCGAGCCAGCAGUCAUCGCCGCCACGGGGACCGGCACUAUUCCCGCAAACUUCACAUCACUUAAUAUCUCUCUUCGUAGCUCUGGUUCUACCAUGUCAGCUCCUUCACACUUGAGGGGCAGUUAUUUCAACCCUAGCUUUUCCAGUACUAUGCCACUCUUGAGGAAUACAAUGGAUGAUGCUUCGCAGCGAAGGGCUUUUACGUUUCCCAGCAUAGCGUUGUCAUCAUCGCAGACUACUUCGUCUGUGCUUUUGAAUUUCAACUCAGGAACUGGGAAUGUGGAUGAAACAAUAUUACCGGGAAAGCAAGAGUUGGUGCGUGAGACUGGCCUAGACAUGUCUGAGUCCGAGGGUAGCAUAGGCAGAAAGCGAAGGCCGGAGCAGCAAGAAUAUUUAUCUCAAAGCCAGAUGGGUAGCUAUAAUUUGUUACAAUCAAGUACUGCGGGAUCGAUUUCAGGUAGUACUCAUGGUCAAAAUCCGGCGACGCUUUUUAUGGUGACGAAUCCCAGUACCCAAGUGAUGAACGGUGACCCCAUGUGGACAUUUCCUUCGGGUGGUAAUGGUGCUGGUACGUAUAGGGGAUCUAUAUCUAGUGGGCUGCAAUUUAUGAAUUUUGCUCCUCCAAUGGCCGCUCUAUUGCCUGGCCAACAGUUUGGAGCCGGAAUCGGCGGAAUGGGAGGUGGUGGAGGCUCGGUAACCGACAGCCAUUUAGGUGUUCUUGCCGCACUCAAUGCGUAUAGGCCGAUUGUCGGUGCUAGUGCUAAUUAUAUGGAGUCUCCGGGGAGUAGUGGGAUGCAUCCGCAUCAUGGAGGAGACGACGGGCCGCGUGAGUGAUAUAUUCGACUAGUCACAAUUAAUCCUAGAUCAAUUACGCAUGCAUGUGUACGAUUAGACUUCGUUUUAUUUUUACCACUUUUUAAGUAUA